ACGUUGUCCGGCGCGCGCGUCAUCGCCACGAGCGAGGGUGGCGAACCGGGCAAAACAACCCCGCGAGCGCGACGAAAACGAGGACUGCGACGUUGAAAAGCCGUUAUUGAAACGGCGACAUGAGACGGGGGUUGUAAAUCCCGACUGCAAACAAUUAAACCGCGCGUAAAUAAACGCGUCUCGGGGUAUUUCUGGAAAAACUCCGGCGAGAGAGAAGAGCGCAUCGGCGUGGCGAACGCGUAUACCUUUCUCGACGCCGUCGAGGAGCGACUAUAUCGGGGCGUCGCGACGCUUGCGCGGAUUUCAUCGACGAUCAGCUGGUUGGGAGCGCGCGUCUAUCGGGUGGGAGAGCGACCGACGAGGGACUUGGCUCGUAGGUGAAGGAAGACAAAGAGAGGGUGGACGGUCUAGGUAGAACGAAGAUAGACAGUGCGAAAACGUCCUACAUCCAACGCGUUACACGCGCGUUCUUCCCCGUUGCUCUCGACGUUUAUCGGCGUCGUCGCCCGUCGACGUCGUCCACGACGUCAGUACGCCGUCGUGUUGUGCCGUGCUGUGCAGUGCUGCUGCUGGGGCGCGUCGUCGAUGCACAGGUCGAUAGAGCGCACGCCGGCGAGAAGGUGCGACUCGACGACACGUCCGGUUCGAUGAGUUCGCUCGGUUUAUCAUAAUGCGGCACGUCCGCGUUAUCGUCGCCACGCUUCUUCCUGUCCCUCCACCACGUCGUCGCCGACGUCUUCGAGCCGCCGCGGCCGCGCUCGCCGCCGGCCGACUCCGUCGAGACUCGAGAACGUCGUCGCGGUUAUUCGCGAGCGGCGCUCAACGCGAGCAGCGUCGCGCUUGAGACGAGUUCAUCAGCUCCCGUCCCCGGUCGUCUCCUUCACGUCGUUUGACAGGUCGUGUCCCACGAGUUGUCCAUGCAUAUAUACGCGACCGCUCACACAUGUCGAACCAGUCGAGAACAGUCCAAGACGGAGCCAACCCGAGCCAAGCUGGCGGUUGUUUUUGGCUCCCGUUGUGAUCUGUGAUCGCUGGUGAAUCUUGAUUCAAUCUCGGAGCAGCUGAGAGCGUUUCCAACGAUAGUUUGUUACACUCCGACGACGUCGUUCCUCUGGAUGCUGCUGCGUACGAGGAACAUGGACCAGCAGCUGUCAUCGUGGCGCGCGACGUUUCUUGGCGCCGAAGCAGUGUGAGUCACGCUUAAUUAUUGAGUUUGACGUUUCAAUGAUUUACGGCCGCGAUUUGUUAUUGUCGUUUGUUUCCCUCGCAAUUUCUACUUGAUCCCCGGAACGAUUAUACAACAAAAUAGCUUUCUUUUAUUUAUUUAUCUCCCAAAACGGUCGUAUAUAAACUUAUACUUGCCGCAGACUGCGAAGACAACAUUGGCUCUUUGACGAGGGACAAGUGCGGGAAUAAAAUAAAAUUAUUCAUCGGAAAAGAAUUUGCUGACGCGCAACAAGGGUUUGUAAAGGCGGAGAGAAAGAAGAACGGAAAAGGUUCCUCUACCUGAAAAACGAGUCGGCGUGCCGCACAACAGCGUGACUCGGGAACGACCCAGGAAACGACCACGCUGCGUUGGGUAGCGCGACAGUCUGUGCAUGUGUAUACGUACAAGUGUGCCGUGCAUACGUGUGAUCGGAGGGUAGCGAGUUCGUGAAAAGUAAACCCGCCCCUGAUCAUUCCGAAUAGCCGUGCGCUACGGAGAGAGAUUAGGGGAAGUUCGUAUAUAAAAGCGCGAGCGUGUGCUUCGUCGUCGUGGCGGUUCCCUUCUGAUGGUACAGCGAGUGGCAGCAGUGACUCACCGGCGACGAACGAGCGCGGACGACGACGCGGACAGCCGUCGUCCCCAGCAACAGAAGCACCACCAUCGUCGUCGUCGUCGUCGUCGUCGUCGCUGCCAAUCCGUCAUCCAUCCGUCAUGGGCCCCGCCGCGAUGAUCAUCCCCGUGCUCGUCCUCGCCGUCCUGCACUGUCCAGGAUGCGGCCUCGCCGCGCUCGCGCGCUUCCACGAGUUCGGAUCCGCGGAGCGGAUCCCGGUGGACAAGCAUUCCGCGCCGCACGGGCCGCAGAUCGACCCGGAGUUUCCCGGUGACCCCUACGCGGCUUAUCCCGGCCUGGGCUUCGGACCCAUGGGUCCGGUCGUCCGCUCGGCGCUGCCGAACGACGCCACCUUGCGCAGCCUCUCGUCCGCCGCGGGUGCUGCGGACGAAGCCGCGCAACAUCCCGAGGGUACCCAACAGCUGACCGCGCGCGACUCCAAUACGAAGCACGACGUCGAGCAGAAGCCGAAGCCCGAGUAUCGCAUCAUCACCGUUGAGUUUCCGCGCGUCGAGACGCCCUUCGUCAUCGGGAUAUGGAUCUUCUUCGCCAGUCUCGCGAAAAUCGGCUUCCACAUGGCGCCGAAGCUCAGCAAGAUCUUUCCCGAGUCCUGCUUGCUGAUCGCCGUCGGGGUGAUCAUCGGCCUCCUGCUGUUCCAGGCGAGCAGCGUCCACGUGUCCCCACUGACCCCGGACACGUUCUUCCUGUACAUGCUGCCGCCCAUCAUCCUGGACGCUGGCUACUUCAUGCCCAAUCGGCUGUUCUUCGACCAUCUCGGAACGAUACUGCUGUUCGCCGUCCUUGGGACUAUAUUUAAUACGAUGUCGAUAGGUGCGUCCUUAUGGUUACUGGGGAAAAGCGGCAUAUUCGGCUGUGAUACGCCUAUCCUCGACAUGUUCCUAUUCUCGGCGCUGAUCAGCGCGGUCGAUCCCGUGGCGGUGUUAGCCGUCUUCGAGGAGAUCCACGUAAACGAGAUCCUCUACAUCGUCGUGUUCGGGGAGAGUUUAUUGAACGACGCGGUCACUGUCGUGCUCUAUCACAUGUUCGAGACCUACAGCGAGAUGGGCCCUUCCAGGAUCAUCUACACGGACGUACUAGCGGGUUUAGCCUCGUUUCUGGUGGUGGCGAUCGGCGGAGCGUUCAUAGGUAUAGUUUGGGGUUUUGCUACUGGCUUCGUGACCAGAUUUACUUACCAGGUGCGCGUGAUCGAGCCGAUCUUCAUAUUCGUGAUGGCGUACUUGGCUUACCUCAGCGCGGAGAUCUUCCAUUUGUCCGGCAUAUUGGCAAUAACCUUUUGCGGCAUUACCAUGAAGAAUUAUGUCGAGGCUAAUAUAUCACACAAGUCCCACACGACCGUCAAGUAUACAAUGAAGAUGCUGUCGAGCAGCUCGGAGACAAUCAUUUUCAUGUUCCUCGGUGUCGCCACAGUGAACAAUACACACAACUGGAAUACAUGGUUCAUCGUCAUGACGAUAGUCUUCUGCUCCGUUUAUCGGACUGUGGGCGUGAUAGUGCUCACGGCGGUGGCGAACCAGUUCCGACUCCACAAAUUGGACAAAGUGGAGAAGUUUGUGAUGUCCUAUGGCGGUUUGCGUGGCGCGGUGGCAUUCGCUUUGGUGCUCCUCAUAGAUCCUAGACACGUACCCCUACAGCCCAUGUUCGUCACCACGACUAUCGCAGUUAUCUACUUCACCGUGUUCAUCCAGGGAAUCACCAUCAAACCCCUCGUCAGAAUUCUGAAUGUCAAGAGGGCCGAGAAAAGGAAACCGACGAUGAACGAGAGAAUCCACGAGAGGAUAAUGGAUCAUACGAUGGCGGGUAUCGAGGAUAUUUUGGGAAAACACGGCAACUACCACGUGCGCGAUAAAUUCAAGCGAUUCGACAACAGAUUCAUCCGACCUUAUCUCGUGAGAAAUCACUGUGGCGCAGAGCCGAAAAUUUUGGAAACCUAUUCGAAGCUGGCGAUGAAGGAUGCGUUGGAUUAUAUAAGAAGAAAUGCCUCAACUAUCGGCAAUAUUAGCGGCACCGAAAGUAUGUCGGCGAUAUUUCGUAAUUACAGUAAUACCGGACAGUUUAAUGGAAGUCCCAGCUGCAGCCAGCUCGAGACCGGAUGGAAUAUCGAUCUUCAGGAACUCGAGUACAAUCCUUCUAAAAAAGACCUAACGGACGCGAGAAUUCACCAUCUACUUGCCGAAGAGCUUUGUAAACCGUACAAAAGGCAUCGGCGUUUAAGCUACAGUCGACACGCAGUAAACGAUCGGGAUUUGUCGACACAAGUCAAUUACAAAAUGCACAUGAAUAUUCGACGGAUGAUGGGAGAACACAAGCAUCGCCACAAACGCAGCAAAAAGUUACUCAAAGACGGCAAACAGAAUCACGUUAGUUUCCCAGAAUUUCAACAACAAAACGGCUCGACAAAAUUAUUUACGCAAGAUUACAUCAAUGGCGUGCUGUACGAGUUAGAAAACGGAGAAAAUGGAGAAAACGGAGAAACCUCGGAGAAGCCUUCGAGCAAAGAGGAUUGGGAUUCGGCGAUCACAUUCACCGCACGAACGUCCGAUUCGCCCAAUGUAAACGCGGAGAAUCAACACGCUACCACUGCUACUACGUCGAUGGAUACGAUAAAUACGGAUGAAGGAGAUUUGAAAAUAGGACGCGACGGCGCGGAAGGCUAUAGGGUAACCACCCCCACGGCAACGGAAACCAUGUUACCGUGGAAACGUGAAGACGAUUAUGAGUCAGGUCAUCCGAUCAAGCAGAACGAAUUUCCAGCUUGGUGCUCCAAUAAGGAAUACCUCGCCUACAGCUCGCCUUCUGCCACUUUCUUAGGUGGAAUCGAACAACCGAAAGCCCAAUCCGUGUUUGGCCUAUUUCGACGUGAGAGCGUGUGUACGCCCGAUAUCGAUUGUCAGGAGACCGUCGACGAGGCGGACGAAACAGACGAAUACACCCCCGCGCAAAUGGAUUCCCCCGUUAAAACCAAGGGCAACUCGAGAGUGCCCGCGAGACGGAGGGUGUCGAUGAUGGAGCUCGGAUCCGCCGAGCGGAAGAACUCGAUGGACAGGACUGGGGAUGACGGUUCUCACUCCUUGCCAGACUGCUGGAGCGCCCAGAGGAUGCGUAUUAACUCCUUCGCUUGCUCGUCCGCCCAGAUGCCGAGCCUGUCAACCGCCCUGAUCACCUCCUCCACGUCGGAGUCGUCGGAGGACGUGGAGGACGACGAGGACGUGGAGAAGGCUUGACCCUUGGGGACCGUCGCCGAGGAGCGACUGUCCGUAUACGCGGACGACGUCGAGCGUCGACGACGUCCCUUUCGACGACCGCCGCGACGACACUCGUUGCUCACGUCGCUCCUGCGACGCCCAAGUGCCCCCGUUUGAGAGGAGCUGCCCUUGACAAGUCGCCUUCUGCAGGAGGAGACUUAUUGCGAAUCGCGGCCCGAAUCUCAUUGAUUGCGCCUCCGCUCUGUAAUUGUGAAAUCUUCAAUCGCGAGCAGCGAUGGACGAAUUUCGCAGAAAGGACGGCGAAGAAAUAUCAUUGCGUCGAUGUUUUUCGAUUCGGAUUUUCUACGAGGAGAAAUAUAUGUAUUUAUAGGGAAGCGCGAAAAUUCUCGCGCUGAAUAGAGAAAGUUUUUUGCGAGGAGAGAGAAAAGAGAGAGAUAAGAUAUUUUUCUAAAAGUUAAGUAAUAAGUUUCUCUGCUUAUAUAAUACGAUGAAUCUUAUUAAAAGCGGGAUCUUUUGCUUGCGUUAGAGAUACUCUGAUCGUUACGCGAAUUCAAAGGAAAUGGAACAGGUAGACGAAGAAUAGGAAAAUCACUUUCAAUCACCGUUUUUUUCCUGUGGAAAACAAAUUAUUCGCGAGAACGAGGGCGCUUGUCAAGAGCAACGGCUUAUUUCUAAAUCCGUCUGUAAGACGUCUUGGAAUCGUGGCCUUAAGGAUUGUGGAAGUACUUAAACGCCGACGAUUGCGUCGUUGGCGCAAAGAGAAAAACAAAUUUAUUUGUCGGUGCUAUCGGUAAAUAUCUUGCAGAGAAAUCAUUUCGCCGCAAAUGACUUGUCCCAAGAUUUACCACGAGUUCCUUCUCUCGGAGGUUGAUUCGAUGAUGAGCUCACACACCACGAUCAUCGCUGCUGUGUGCUUCACAAAUUGAGCUAUGAUCAAACUAUCGACUUUUAAAAAAUCGAGAAUAUUGCGCUUUUCGCAAUUUACCACUUGAUUAAAUAAAGUAAUAAGGCGACGCAUUCGAUACGCGUUCACUUGUGGUGAACCAAGUCGUUAGUUCGAUCGCAGCUAUCUCGCAAAAUCUAGCGUUAGGUGUGUCCAGCAUCGUUAGCAGUCCCGUUUGUCACGGUUUCUGACGCAUGCAUGGCACGCAGCAAUAUAUGCCGCGGUAUAGAUGAUAUCCCAUAGCGGUGCAUCCGCGGCCGAAUUUAGGAAAUUUCUUUUUAAGCGAACGACUCAGUCAAAAAAUAAUAAAUACCAUUACAUAGAACCAGCGCGAGUGAGAUAAAUAGCAGACGCGUCGUUCUCCCUUCGAGUAUGGCCUUAAAAAAAUACUUUCCUGUAAAAAAAACGGAUACUCGUGUGUAAUAACGGUGCAUGUGGUGCGUAUAAUACACUGUCACACAUUGUUAAUACCAGCACCGCGGCACCACUUGGUCAAUAUUUAGAAAAGAAACAGCAGCAUGUACAUACAAAUUUUUCUUAGAAAAAAAAGAUACGCUAGAAAAUUGUCAGCAUCCUCAUCGUCAUUUUCUCAACUGCAUUUUCAUCCUUACUAUUUUUGUUAACGUUUAGUAUUAUUUCGUCGCUUCAGAAAAGAGAAGAGAAAAAAAGAGGCACAGAAUGCGAACCAUUUAGAGCAUUCGGUAUUCUAGUUAUUAUUGUUACAAUUGUUACUCUAUCUCGCUAGUGAUGAAUACUAGUUCUACUAAUAAUCAAUAAUGCGAUUAUAUAGCCAUCGCAGACAGAAAGCGGAAACGCAUCGAGCUCUGCUAGAUUUCGAAAGUCGAGGGGAACGUCGACUGGAAUUUUUUGACAACUGGAAAUCAUUGAUUUUGAUUAUCAAAUUAUUGUCGAAAAUAUUACAUAACAAUGUUAAACGUGAUUAUCUCGCGAAUGAUGAAACCUUGUCAUCGAACGUCCCGAAAAAUUUUGCAUAUAUAUACACUGAAAAAAAAAUUUUGUUGGAUUAACAAAA